GCGGAAAGAAAAAAACAGAAGAAAAUGAUUGAAAGAGACGAAAAGUAAGCAGCAUUUGAUUCCGCCAUCAAUCACUUCUUCUUCUUCUUCAUCAUCAAAACCAAAGGAAACUUCCCCGGCUGCGGCCGCCCCUUCUCACCCGCGUCAAGAUUUUCACGUCGUCGUGUCACCACCAUCGCUCUCAGAAGUCUGUCUGUCUGUCUGUCUGACCCCUUACAUUUCUGCAAGAAACUCACACACAAGAAUUUUCUAACCCCUAAUACCCAUUCAUUUCUCCCAUUUUCUCGGCCCCCAAAAAUCCCUAAAAAAUGCAGCAAAACCCGCCGCAGCCCCCAGGAAUCGAACCGAGAGUGCCUGGUGUACCAUCAGCAGCCGACCGGAUUCCUGCCGAUGACCUAACCUCGUCAUCACUCUUCAACUGGUCUGAUUUCCUUGACUUCAAUCUCGAUGAGAACCUUCACAUAUCCUUUCCCCAGACCGAACCCGAACAGCCCGGUAUUGAAGAAAGUCAACCGUCGGAGAAUUCGGGUCUGGAAAAGCCGGGCAGGGUCAGGAAAAGAGACCCCAGAUUGGUUUGCUCGAAUUUCUUGGCGGGUCGGGUCCCAUGCGCCUGCCCCGAAUUGGAUGAGAAGUUAGAGGAGGAGGAGUCCGCGCUUCCGGGGAAGAAGCGGUCCCGGAUGUUGAGGGCUUCGGGUGGCGCCCCAGCUCGGUGCCAGGUACCAGGGUGCGAGGUUGAUAUUAGCGAGCUUAAAGGGUAUCAUAAGCGGCAUAGAGUGUGUCUGCGGUGUGCAAAUGCCAGUGCCGUGGAGCUAGAUGGGGAGAGCAAGAGGUAUUGCCAGCAGUGUGGAAAGUUUCAUAUCUUGUCAGAUUUUGAUGAGGGUAAACGUAGUUGUAGGAGGAAAUUAGAACGGCACAAUAACAGACGUCGAAGGAAACCUAAUGAUUCUAAAGAAGGCAUGCAAAAGGAAUCUCAACAGGCUAUCUUGGUUGAUGAUGUUAGUGGCGAUGAUGAUACUGGAAAAGAUGGAUUAUGUGUUAGCAGUCAGCUUGAGGAAAAGGAAAUGUUAUUGGAGUCAGAUGGGCAUGUCUCCACACUGUGCUCUGCUCUUGGGUCUCACAGUCUCCAAAGUGAUAGUGUUGUAUCAUUUCCCGCCUUUGACGAAGCUCAUAUCGUUGGGGAUAGACAGAACCCAAGAUACAAACAUUCUCCGUCCAACUGCGAAAACAAGAGCACUUUUUCCUCUGUGUGCCCUGCUGGUAGGAUCUCCUUCAAGCUCUAUGACUGGAAUCCAGCAGAGUUUCCUCGACGGCUUCGACAUCAAAUAUUUCAAUGGUUGGCUAGCAUGCCCAUUGAGUUGGAAGGGUAUAUUCGUCCAGGGUGUACAAUUUUGACAGCUUUUAUCGCAAUGCCAAAGCCAGUGUGGCUUAAGUUAUUGGCAGAACCAGCUCUAUGUAUAAAAGACCUUGUUGCUUCACCUGGGAGCAUGCUUUCUGGAAGAGGCACAAUGCAUGUUUAUCUAAAUGACAUGAUGUUUCGUGUCUCAAAAGAUGCAAGUUCAGUAGUGAAAGUCAAAAUGAAGGAUCGAGCUCCAAAGCUUCAUUAUAUUUAUCCAACUUGCUUUGAGGCUGGAAGGCCUAUGGAACUUGUGGCCUGCGGAAGUUAUCUGCUGCAACCAAACUUUCGGUUUCUUAUAUCAUUUGCGGGACGAUACCUAGCAUACAAUAUUUGUGUAUCAUCGUGUUAUGAGAAAGGAGAUGUCAACAGCAGCGACCAUCAGUUGUUGAAGAUAUUUGUCCCUCAAAUUAAUAUGGAUCUCUUUGGCCCUGCUUUUAUUGAGGUUGAGAACCAGUCUGGCUUAUCCAACUUCAUCCCAAUUCUUGUGGGUGACAAGGACACCUGUGCAGAAAUGGAAAUGUUGCAACAUAAGUUUGACGCACCUGUCUCCUCCCAAGAACGAAAAUCUUCUCCUUCCCCGACUGCAUGUGAAGCUUUUGCUUCAAGACAAACACUGUUAUCAGAGUUUGUUUUAGAUGUGGCGUGGUUGUUGAAAAAACCUGUACCGGAGCAACAGUUGACAUCUUCCCAUAUACAAAGAUUCAACUGUUUAUUGAACUUUCUGAUAGAAAAAGAGUCUUCUGUUGUUUUGGAGAGAGUAUUUUUCUCUCUGAAAUCCGCCAUAGAUAACAAUAUGGUCACUGGAACAUCUGAUUCCGACAUGAGAUUAUUACAGAAAAAUAUGGAUAUUGCGCAACAUAGGCUGGCACAUAAAUUAAUGGUAAAAGACAUUUCAGUGAUCCCUGCAGGGCAUGGAAAUUUUUACAGUCACAGCUGCCAAAAUGAUACUGUCUCUGUCAUUCCAGCUGCUAAUCAGGUUGUGCAAAGAAUGGUGAAGAAUAUGCUUGGGCUCAACGUGCCCUCACCAUCUCUAGAUGAAAGCCUGACACUUCCUCUGCUAAAACAAGAGGUGAUCAUGGAUGUUAAUCAUCAGGAAACGCUGGGAAAGUCUUCCAGUCGGUUGUUAACGAGAAUGUUUUCUACUUCCCGGCUUCUUAUCAUGGCAAUUGCUGCCAUUGGUGUUUGUUUUGGUAUAUGUUCGAUCGUCCUCCACCCUCAACGGGUUGACCUGAUCGUCACCACUAUCCAGAGGUGUUUGUUUGACAACACUUAAUGAUAAUCAGAUUUUUCCAUCGCCUUAGAGGUUUUGUCUCUCAUCUGUACAUACUGUAUGUACACUUCGUUGGAUGUUUAGUUUGAACAUAUACCGGGCUGGGGAAUUUCUGUACUUAAACCCUGAGGAAUUUGCAGGGGGGAACAUGAUAAUACCUGGCUCUGCUACAUGAGAACCGAUGAAAGCUUUCUGGUACACCAGCCGAAAGCUCGUUUACAUGUUUCUUUUCAUGUAUAAUUUGUUUCUAUCUGAUGAGGAACCAAGCAAACCAACAUCUAAUGUAGAGUCUUGUUAGUAUUUCUUACCUGAUGUAUUAGUACUCUUUCUAUGAGCAAAAUGACUGUUGAUAAAAUUUGUUUGUACUAGAAAAUUUGUUGGGAUC